UAACCACUGGGCCACUACAGGAACUCCUGUACAAUGUUUUUAGGACCAAGAAAAUAUUAUCAUUUCUUUACUCAGUUCAGUCCCACAGCACAGUGCCAGCUGUGCUGUGGGACUGAAGAUGUGGUCCAUGCCUGAGACCUGGUGAAGCUCAGGGAAUCGCUACUGCAGCUGAUAGAGUCCUAGGUUCUUUUCCUCUGAGCCUGGGAGAGAGCCAGGUUGGUCCAGCCCUUCUCUCUGGUCCUGUCUGCUCCUGGCUCCUUCCAGCUUACCUCCCUGAGGGCACAUGACAUCAUUCUCAGAUGGUGUAAGGAUUUCAGAAUUGCUGAUUCUGAGGGGUGGAAAGCAGAAGGGGCGUCUUCUUGGCUCCCUUUUUUUCUCUCAGGUCUGGCUUCUGGAGACUGCCCAUUCUCAGGGGAAAGGACAGAAAGAGAACAUGGCUACUGAACAGAACAAAGCAAGGUCUCAGGUGACAGUGACGUUCGAGGACGUGGCUGUGCUCUUCUCACGGGAUGAGUGGAGAAAGCUGGGUCCUUCUCAGAGGAACUUGUACCAAGACGUGAUGCUGGAGAACUAUAGCAACCUGGUCUCACUGGGACUCCCAUUUUCCAAACCCAAGGUGAUCUCCCUGUUGCAGCAAGGAGAAGAUCCCUGGAAGGUAGAGAAAGAAAGUCCUGGAGGCUUCUCCCCAGGAUGGAAGAGCAGUUAUAAAACUACAAAGUCAACUCAGACACAAGAUUCUUCAUUUCAGGAGCUGAUAAUGAAAAGAUCCAAAAGGAAUGGACCCUGGGACUUAAAAUCAGAAAAACCCUGUAUAUACGAAGACAGAUUAGAGAAAAAGCAGGAGAAAAAAGAAAGUGUUCAGAUAGUUUCAGCUACUCAAAAUAAAAUCCUCACUGUAGAAAGAAAACAUAAAAAUACUGAAUCUGGCCAAAACAUCAGCCCAAAGUCAGUCCCUGUUAGGCCACAGAUGGUUCCCAGAGAAAAAACACCACCAAAAUGUGAAAUACAAGGAAACAGCUUCAAACAGAAUUCAAAUUUACUUAAUCAACAAAAAAACAACACAGCAGGGAAACGGUAUAACUGUAGUAUGUGUGAGAAAACCUUCAUCAAUACUUCAUCUCUUCGUAAACAUGAGAAAAACCAUAGUGGAGAGAAAUUAUUUAAAUGUAAAGACUGUUCAAAAGCCUUUAACCAAAGUUCAGCUCUUAUUCAACAUCAGAUAACUCAUACUGGAGAAAAACCCUAUAUAUGUAAAGAAUGUGGGAAAGCCUUCACUCUCAGUACAUCCCUUUAUAAGCACUUAAGAACACAUACUGUGGAAAAAUCCUAUAGAUGUAAAGAAUGUGGUAAAUCCUUCAGCCGAAGGUCAGGCCUUUUUAUACAUCAGAAGAUCCAUGCUGGAGAAAAUCCCUAUAAAUAUAACCCAGGUCGGAAGGCAUCCAGUUGCAGCACAUCCCUUCCUGGAUGUCAGAGAAUUCAUUCCAGAAAGAAGUCCUAUUUAUGUAAUGAAUGUGGCAACACCUUUAAGUCUAGUUCAUCUCUUCGUUAUCAUCAGAGAAUUCACACAGGAGAGAAGCCUUUUAAAUGUAGUGAGUGUGGGAGAGCCUUCAGUCAGAGUGCCUCUCUCAUCCAGCAUGAAAGAAUUCACACUGGAGAAAAACCCUAUAGAUGUAAUGAAUGUGGAAAAGGCUUCACUUCUAUUUCACGACUUAAUAGACACCGAAUAAUUCAUACUGGUGAGAAGUUUUAUAAUUGUAAUGAAUGUGGUAAAGCCUUAAGUUCCCAUUCAACACUCAUUAUUCAUGAACGAAUUCACACUGGAGAGAAACCAUGUAAGUGUAAAGUGUGUGGGAAAGCCUUCAGACAAAGUUCAGCGCUCAUUCAACAUCAGAGAAUGCACACUGGAGAAAGACCUUAUAAAUGUAAUGAGUGUGGGAAAACGUUCAGGUGUAACUCAUCUCUUAGCAAUCAUCAGCGAAUUCAUACAGGAGAGAAACCAUAUCGAUGUGAAGAAUGUGGGAUAUCUUUUGGCCAAAGUUCAGCUCUUAUUCAGCAUCGGAGGAUUCACACAGGAGAGAAACCCUUCAAAUGUAACACAUGUGGGAAAACUUUUAGGCAAAGCUCGUCACGUAUUGCCCAUCAGAGAAUUCAUACUGGAGAGAAACCUUAUGAAUGUAACACAUGUGGGAAACUUUUCAAUCACAGAUCAUCACUUACUAAUCAUUAUAAAAUUCAUAUUGAAGAGAACCCCUAGAAAGUAGGUUUGCAUGUGUGAAAGCCUGAAACCAAAGUUCAUCAGAAUACAUGAGAGUGAUGUAGUAAGUGUAAUGUAUAUGAAAAACCUUUCUAUAAUUUAGUCCUCAUCAAGUAUUAAAUUCCAAGGAUAAAUCUUGAUUAUGUAAUAAUGAGGAAAGUGAAAAGUGUUCAAGCCUGUCAGACACUUUUAUAAUAACCUGAGAUGAACAAUUAAUGGCUGGAGACAUUGACUUUGGGCAUUUGUUAAACAGUUGUGUUCUCUCUACUGCAGUGUAUGCUACAUAUCAUAUGUAAUUGUUAUAAAUAUCUGAGUGAUGAGGGGAGGUGUGCACUGGAUUUAUCAUUAAAAUAAACUAUAGACUGUUAACACUUUUUUUAUAACUAACAUUAUAAUAGCAUAUAAAAGAUGUUGUUUAAGAGAUUAUACAUUUUUUUAGAGAAAAGGACCAAAUAAAAAAUAAAGAUGAACUGUAAACUACCUCUCACUUUAUGGGGUUUGUCCUUUUCCUGACCUGAUGUCAAACUUUAUGCAUGGAUAGCAUUUAAAAAUAGAAAUAAAAGUCUGUUCUCAUCUU